CUUGGCAGAUAAUCCAACAGUCAAGUAGUUACAGUGAUGGAAUUACACAGUGUUAAUUCAGGCAACUCUUAUGAAAACUGGACUAAUGAUCUCAGAGCAGACAGCCAGACUCUUAAAGACAGCUCAGGAUGUCUAAUAUCAGGAUCCCUGCCUACACGAAAACGACUCUACAGUGUGGGUGCAAUAUCCCUUGGGCUGAUGUGUGUUUUUCUUCUGGCUGCCCUCACAGCAUUGUGUUUUUAUUAUAAAAAUGUUCUUUACGAUAUUGAAACAAAGAAAAACACCCUUAAAGCAGAAGGAGACCAACUGCAUUCUAGCUAUAGCAAACUGAAAGCAGGAGGAGAUCAGGUAGAGACCAGCUACAAGACACUGAAAGAACAAUUAGAUCAGUUGAAAACCAGCUACAACAUGUUGAAAACAGAAGGAGAUCAGCUGAAAACCAGCUACAACACAUUCAAAGCAGAGGAAAACCAGCUGAAGACCAGUUACAACACAAUGAAAGCGGAAAAAGACCAGCUGAAGACCAGCUACAACUCUCUGAAAGCAGAGGGAGACCAGCUGAAGACCAGCUACAACUCACUGAAAGCAGAAGGAGACCAGCUGAAGACCAGUUACAACACACUGAAAACAGAGGGAGAUCAGCUAAAGACCAACUAUAACACACUAAAGGCAGAGGGCAAUCAACUGAAGACCAAUUACAACACAAUGAAAACACAGGGAGAUGAGUUAAAGACCAGCUACAACACACUAAAGGCAGAGGGAGAUCAAUUGAAGAGCAAUUACAACACAAUGAAAACAGGGGGAGAUCAGUUGAAAACCAGCUACAACACACUGAAAGCAGAAGUAGGCCAGCUGAAGACCAGCUACAAUACCCUAAAGGUAGGAGGAGAUGAGUUGAAGACGAGCUACAACACACUGAAGACAGAGGGAGAUCAGUUGAAAAGUGGUUACAAUACACUGAAAGCAGAGGGAGACCAGCUAAAGACCAGCUAUAACACACUGAAAACUGGAGGAGACCAGUUACAGACCAACUACAACACUCUGAAAGCUGAAGGAAAUCGCUUACAGAUCAGCUACAACACACUGAAAGCAGAAAAUGACCGCUUACAAACCAGCUACAACACACUAAAAGCCAACAAUGACCAGUUAAAAACCAACUACAACACACUGAAAGCACAAGAAAGCCAGUUACAGAUACUUUACCAAAACUUCACUGAAAUGAUAAAACAGCUAAAGAAGAAAGAAUGUCCUAUGGGCUGGGUGGAUUUCAACUCAAAAUGCUACUAUAUUUCCACUGAGAAAAAGAGUUGGGAUGACAGCCGAAGUGACUGUAUCGCCAGAGGAGCAAACCUGGUGAUCAUUAAAAGCCUACAAGAACAGAAUUUUCUCUUUACACACAACAAAAGAAUCUGGAUUGGUCUGUCAGACAAGGAACAUGAAGGAAACUGGAAAUGGGUGGAUGGGACACAGCUGACCACAAGCUAUUGGGCAAAAGGGGAGCCGAACGAUCAUCAUCAACAGGAGGACUGUGCUGAACUCAACAUAAACUUUGGUGCGCCACUUAACUGGAAUGACCUGCCGUGCAACCAAAAGUACCACUGGGUGUGUAAAAAGGAAGCUUGACACUGAUUGAGUGCAAACACACAAUGCCACAUUAGUACCAUCAUCAGAAGAUUCAUACACUAGCAUACUGCUGAUAUUUGCUGUUAUGAAAUCAUG